GAAAUUACUGGAACCGAUCCCCUGGACAGCUAUACAGGGGAUCGGUACCAGGAAUUUCCCCCCAGUGCACCCAUCACCCUCCCUGUGCACCAUACAUUUCCCCCUGCUACCCAGGCCCCCAUUAAGGUCGGCUUUCCUCCACGGACCCCGCAUUCACUAUAUCCGCUCUCCCCGGACCCCGCAUUUACUAUAUCAGCUCUGCCCGGACCCUGCAUUUACUAUAUCUGCUCUCCCGGACCCCGCAUUCACUAUAUCCGCUCUCCCCGGACCCCGCAUUCACUAUAUCCGCUCUCCCCGGACCCCGCAUUCACUAUAUCCGCUCUCCCCAGACCCUGCAUUUACUAUAUCUGCUCUCCCCGGACCCCGCAUUCACUAUAUCCGCUCUCCCCGGACCCCGCAUUCACUAUAUCCGCUCUCCCCGCACCCCGCAUUCACUAUAUCCGCUCUCCCCGCAUUCACUAUAUCCGCUCUCCCCGCACCCCGCAUUCACUAUAUCCGCUCUCCCUGGACCCUGCAUUCACUAUAUAUCCGCUCUCUCCCCGCACCCCGCAUUCACUAUCCGCUAUCCCCGCUUCACUAUAUCCGCUCACCCCGCAUUCACUAUAUCUGCUCUCCUGGGACCCCGCAUUCACUAUA